UCAAAUAAAAAGAAAAACAAAGCAAAAAAAAAAAAAAAGUCAGCUUACUACUUUCCUUUAACAGGACUUUGGAUUCAUGGUAAUGGCUGGAACUACAGCUCGGAAGCCAUUGUCUUUGUUAGUAACAACAAAAGAAAGAAAAGUUCCACCGGUGUCCAUCAAUUAAUAUUACAGAAGAUAGCAGAUGAAUAUUUACACCCAGUUAAGACAGCAGAGGAGCGUAUGGAUUAUUAAUCUCUUGGAUGGGUAGUUGUUGGGCAGUUAAGUCAUCGAAAGCCAACUUCGCAAGAGACUUGAUUAGGCUAACCGGAUCCUUUUCUUCAGCACCGUUGCCUCUGAAUCAAUAUUUCUCAAAUAGAAUUAUUGUAGGCUGCAAGCGCAAACAUCCUAUCUUGUUUAUCGAAUCGUAUGGUCUAUUGUCAAACGUUCCGUUUUCGACUGCCCUUCACCCAUUUGACAAAAUGUCCCAAAGAGACCCACACCAGCUGUAUACCCGAUUCUACGAUGUCAUUAAUCUCCUUAAGUCCUCAAUGGCAAGGCCCAACCUACUAACAGCCACAAUCGCCCAUUGCUUAGCAAUCAAGGUUGGUGCUCUUGCUCACUUGCCGGUUUGCACCUCUCUCCUCACUGCAUAUUCCAGAGCCAAAGGUUUGAACUCAUCUUUGGCUUUGUUUGAUGAAUUUUCUGACAAAGAUGUGAUCCUCUGGAAUGCUGUAAUCAAUGCCGCAGUUGAAAAUAAGUGUUACGCUGUUGCCAUGCAGUUUUUCGUUGGAAUUAUUGAAGUGGAUGGUGCUUUUGAUUCCACAACUUUGUUGCUUAUUGUGUCGGCUUUAUCUCAUAUGAAGUACUUGAAACAUGGGAAGAGUGUUCACUGUUUGAGCAUUAAAGUGGGUAUGCUUUGGGAUUGUAAUUUAUGUAAUGCUCUACUAGACAUGUUUGCUAAAUGUGGCGACUUAACCUCUUCUGAGUCUAUGUUUACAUGGAUGGAAUGUCGAGAUGUUAUUUCUUGGAAUUCAAUGGUAAAUAGUUUUCUUUAUAAUGGUCAUCCAGAGAAGUCCUUCUGGUGUUUCAGAGAGAUGAUUUAUUUUGGAAUUAGAGUUGAUAGUGUGGGUUUAUCAUGUGCUAUCUCAGCAUCUGCUGGUUUCGGUGAGUUAAGUUCUGGACAAGCUAUUCACGCGUGGGGAAUAAAACAGGGGUACAACUUCAAUAUCUCGUGGUCCAACUCUCUGAUUUCAUUAUAUUCAGAGUAUAAGGAUAUAGAAGCUUCAAAGUCAGUGUUUGAAGAAAUAGUGUUUAGGGAUGUCAUAUCAUGGAAUACAAUGAUCCGAGAGCUUGCCUUAAACGGAAGGGUUGUCGAAACGUUUGAUAUGCUUUACAAAAUGCAACUAACUGAUUAUGCUCGGCAUGAUGUAGCGACUUUAUUUACCAUAAUUUCACUUUGUGCAGAGGGGAUGCUAUUAAGAGAAGGGAAGACCGUUCACGGAUUUGCGAUUCGUAAACAUAUGAUAUCAGAUGUAUGGGUGAUUAAUAGCCUUUUGGACAUGUACUCAAAAUGCGAUUGUGUAGUCAAGGCUGAGUUUUUAUUUAAUACUAUCCCCAGAAGAGACUUGGUCUCAUGGAAUGCAAUGAUCUCUUGCUACAGCCGAAAUGGGUAUUCACAAGAAGCUCGAAGUUUAUUUAAGAAACUGACCCAUCAAUGUUCACAGUUGAGUGUUUCAACUGUACUGGCUGUGAUUUCGUCUUGCAUUUCCCCAGAUUCUCUUCAGUUUGGUAAAUCAAUUCAUUGCUGGGGGCUAAAGGCAGGGCUUUCUACCAAUAUUCUUAUAGUUAAUUCCCUCAUGCACAUGUAUGUUAAUUCUGGGGACUUACCUGCUGCUUUUAUGUUGCUAUUGGGAAUUCAUGCUGAAAAGGACAUUACUUGUUGGAACACUAUAAUUGCUGGUUGUACAAGGAAUGGUCAUUUUCGAGAAGCUUUAGAAGCGUUCAAUUGGAUGAGGCAGGAAAUAAAUGUUAUACGAGACUCGAUCACCCUUGUGAAUGUUAUAUCAGCUCAUGGAAAUCUUGCGUUGAUUCAUGUAGGAAAAUCCCUGCAUGGCCUUGCUGUUAAAACUUUCGUGGGAUCGGAAACUCGUGUGCAGAAUGCAUUAAUCACUAUGUAUGGAAGAUGCGGUCACACUAAGAGUGCAAAAUCAGUGUUUGAUUUCUGUUCAAGUCGCAACUUGUGCUCAUGGAACUGCAUGAUCUCUGCUUUUUCUCAGAAUAAGGAAGGGAGAAGUGCACUAGAACUAUUUCAGUCUCUUGAAUUUGAGCCUAACGAAAUCACCAUAGUCGCCCUUCUCUCGGCUUGCAAUCAGCUUGGACUUUCAAAGCAGGGAAGACAAAUCCACGGCCAAGUAUUACGGUUUGGGGUUUCUGAGAACUCAUUCAUAACUGCAGCCCUUGUGGAUAUGUAUAGCAAUUGUGGAAGGCUGGACAUAAGCUGGCAGAUAUUUACAAAGUCAAAGGACAAAUCCAUUGCAGUUUGGAAUUCUAUGAUUUCAGCUUAUGGAUACCAUGGUAAUGGCAAAAUGGCAAUUCAACUGUUCCAUAAAAUGUGCGAAUUCGGAAUAAGACCAUCGAAAAGCAGUUUCAUUAGCCUUUUAUCAGCUUGCAGCCAUUCAGGGCUUGUGAACGAAGGGCUUUCAUAUUACAGAGUUAUGCUGGGUGAAUACGGAGUAGAAGCAGUAACAGAGCACCAUGUGUGCGUUGUUGAUAUGCUCGGCAGAGCCGGAAAACUCCAAGAAGCCUACGAGUUCAUAAAGCAGAUACCGGGAGAGGUUGAAGCCGGCAUUUGGGGAGCCUUAUUAAGUGCUUGUAAUUAUCAUGGAAAUAUGGAGAUUGGAAGAAAAGUUGCACAUCAUAUUUUCGGAAUGGAGCCUGAAAAUGUUGUUGGCUACUAUAUUGCCCUGGCCAACCUGUAUGUUAGUGCAGGAGGAUGGCAAGAUGCCGUGGAGCUGAGGCGAACAGUUCAACGCAAAAAUUUGAAGAAGCUGCCUGCUUACAGUCUACUUAUUAAUAUUGAAGCUGCUUAUUCUUCAAUUUCAGCUUCAGUUUUACCAUGAAUAUGGAAAGUCCCUUUUUUAUUUGCAU